AUGGACGACAGCACCUGCAUCGCCCGCCGGCGCACACCGCGGGCGUGCACAAGGGCUUCGUCAGCACCAACCACCACGAGCACAGGACGCAACAGCUCUGCCACCAGCAAAGAACAGCCAAGUACACAAGUCGUGCAACCCACCACCACCACCACCACAACAACAACAACACUCGUCACCAAGACACCGGGGAAACCAAAGUCCCGCAAGAGAGUCCGCUUCUCAGACCCUGGCCCGCAAGCAGGUCUCAACCAGGACGAUGGCGAGCCCGACUCUGGCAACGACGCCGUCCUGUCAUCAACCGGCCUGACUCCCAUGGUCCGACGAUCGUCUCUGGGUUCCGGCACAAGCACCACCUCAAGCCCGUCAGCAAAGCGAAGGCGGCAUUCCACGCCAAUCAGCUCAACCUCGACGCACCUCUCUUCGCCUUCCGCAGCCAGCCCCGCCAAGCAGGAGAUGAUGGCCGUGCACUUUCCUUCUCUCCGCCAGAUCCUGUCCGACCGGGUGAAGCGGCGCAUUCGCCGCAACGGGCUAAGCGAGGAGAUGAACGUCAUCGCCGCCGAGAAGAAGGCCCAGCAGGAAAGCAGGGAGGCAGAGCUCGAGCAGCUCAGGAGCUCGCUAGCAGCCAAGGACGCCGAGAUCGAACGCCUCCGCGAGCUGUCCAUGCUGAGUACAAGCAGCAGCAAUCUGGUGGAGCUUGAGCGUGAAGUCGAGACACUCAGGCAGCAGCUGAGCUCGCGCUCGUCACCGCCACACGGAAGUAGUAGCUCGGUGGUACGGCAGACCGACGACUCGCGCUUUUAUGACUGGACCAUGUCGGCACGCGACCCCUUCUCAGACGAGUAUACAGACAUGGAUAUCGACGUUGACGAUACUCAUCUCGAGGACUCGGCCUUUGGUGACAGCACCAUGGUCGAUCUGGUCUGCAGCACGCCCUCGAGGCGACACCGUGCCACGACUACAACUUCUGGAGCCAUGGGAGUGUCACUUCCGGCUGGAUCUUUCCCGACACCGCCAUGCACAAGCCCGACCAUUCCAGCUACGCCUUGCUCUGUAAGACAGACGCGUCCGCUACAUGUGCCGGUCACGCCAAGCUCACACGCCUCUGCAUCUGUUCAAGCAUCUCUGCCAGACCCGGAUGCAGUCGCUGUCAAGGCGGAGCUAGAGUCCUUGCGGCUGGAGCUGGGUAAACUCACAGAUACAUUGGAGUCUCAAGCUGCUCUGCAGACACGGAUUACAGAAAAGGUGUCGUCGGGCCUUGCAGAGCACGCUCCCAAGAUCCACGAGGACGGACAGAGCUCCAACCUCGCGGGACAUGUCCAGCAAGACAAUGCCGGCGUCGAGUCCCAGCUAGACAAGCUCCUCCAGGUCCUGUCAGACCGCACCGCCGCUCUGCAUGACCUCAACUCCUCCCUCGCAUCCCUCGGCUUCCCUGGCAAUGACGCCAGCGAAAUCAUCACAUCCCUGACUGCGUCUCUCCGCGCGGCACGGCUGGAGCUUGAGUACCUCACCCCCGGCGAGCUCUCUCUCCCGCUGACGUCCCACGGCGCCGAGGUGCUCGACCUGGUCCUCUCGGCCCUGCGCGACCUUGCCCGCAGAGAACAGGAACACGAGCAGACCAUCGACGAGUACCACGCCCUGGAGCUGUCCCUGCGCCAGCAGCUCAGCGCGCGGGUUGGCGUCAUGGACGCCCUGCGCGUGCAGCUCAAGGACAGCGAGGCGUCGCUGGCCGGCCGGGACGACAAGAUCUCGGAUCUAGAAGUCGGCAUCGACCGCCUUAAGGGCGCCGCCGAGGGCUACCGGCGCGACAUUGCCGAGCUCGAGGCGCUCGUGCAGCGCAUGGAGGGCGACAUGGCCGCCGCCGCCGACGCCGCCGAGAUUGCCUGCAACCUUGCGCUCGCCGAGCUCGGGGCCAAGCUCGCCGCCGUCAUCGACCAGACCGAGACUUUCGACGCUGAGCUGUCCUCCCUGCACGAGAGCAAGAGCCGGGAGAUCAGAGCGCUCAACCGCUCGCACGGCGAGAACCUGGCCGUCCGGGACGCCCGCGUCGCCGAGCUCCGCAGGGAGAUUGACUCGAUCAACGCCUCGCUGCGGCGGGCGUACGGGACCAUCCAGGGCCUGCGUGUGGAGAACAUUGCGCUGGGCAAGCAGGUCGAGGCCGAGAAGACCCGCGCCAGGGUGGCUAUUGACGAGAUGAAGGCGGAGAUGCGGCAUGCGGUCAAGAUGAGCAGCGGGUUUCUGGCCACCCCGAAGAGAGGAGGUAGCACACCGGCCCUCGCUAAGCCGGCCAAGAGGCCUAGGAGAUAUGACAGCGGGGUCGGUCUCAAUGAGGACGAGUGA